GAGUCUGCACCCAAGGGCCUCCGUGCCAUACUGUUUGUCACCGUUCUCCGAAACGAAAACUCACGCUACGUCUCAGACCUACGCCAAAACCAAGUCUCCGGCACAAUGUUCGUGACUAUCCGUCCGUGCACGAGGGCAAUUAGUUGCGAGUGUAGGUGCUGGAGGGCUGGCUGGGUCCAGAGUCCACUCCCCAGUGACUGGUCACCUCUGGGAUCACACCUGUGACGUAAGUGUCGGUAUAAGAGCGGCGCCGUGGCGUCGUUCCUCGCAGUCGACACCGUCAGGGCAGCUGGUCUCCCUCGUCCCGUCUGCCUCUCACCGCACAAACUCGGCGUUCAAGCAGCAGGUCUGCACAGACGCACCAGAAACAACUCGUACAUCACAAUCAUGUCUCCCAGCAUCGCCAGUCUGCCCGUAGAUCAGGUCGCCUCGCUGCGCCGUCAGUUUGACCUGCUGGACACUGACGAGGAUGGCCACAUCUCCCCGGUACACCUGACCAACGUCCUGCGCAGCAUCGACCUCCACAUCACCGAUACCGAGAUGGACGAGGUCAUGGCCAAGACGGACGUGGAUGGUGACGGCAUCAUCACAUUCGAGGACUUUGUCGAGGCUUUCCGCACGUCCCGGAGGGAGGAGCUGGCCAAGGCUGACCACGAGAGGCAGGCCAACCUCAGGCAGACCUUCCAGAUCUUCGACCGUCGGAACUUUGGCACCAUCAGCCCCAAGGACAUCUGGAACGUCAUGAGGAGCCUGGGAAAGAACAUCCCCCUCGAGGACAUUGAGGACAUUGUUGCUGAGAUCGAUCAGGAUGGAGACAGUCGCAUCUCCUACUCUGAGUUUGUGCAGUGUGUGUUUGCGGACGACGAGUGAGGCCGGGCUGACUCUCGCACGUUAUCGAACUGUCGGCUGGCUGGUCCAGUCCGAUCCGUCCCGGGUAUGGCCGCAAACGGCGGACCGCCCCCACGACCGCCGACCCGCGCCGCUGUCUGAGAGAGUGAGAGAGAGAGAGCUCCGCUGUCCUGUCGGUACCGCGUGGCUCCGGCCGCCCGCUAGAGGGCGAGCCCGCCGGCCGGUGGUGCUCGCCUUGAGCGGCGCCGGACGCCCCUCCGCCGGGGACCGGGGGCGGUGGGCGCCGCCCUGGAGCCGGCCCGGAGACGCCGCACCCGCCACGGUCCCCGAGCCCUACAUCUGUCUAUGUUUAUGGCACGCUUGUGACCGCCGCACUUGUUACUAAUACAAUGCACGGUGACAGCAAAACA